AUGAAGUCUCCGCAGCGUAGUGAUAUGCUUCCCCGUUCCACAUUGCAGUCAACGCCGUGUAAUUUAGUUUUUGUUGGCGCUGAAGGUGUUGGCAAAACAACAAUGCUGCGACAAUUCACAACGGGGGUCUUCCAGGCAAGUUAUGUGCCUACCACGCUAGAGACAAUGAUACACUGCCAUGAUGUGGAUGGUUGUAGCUAUAAAUUACAUCUCUGUGAUAGUUCUGGUAGUAGUGACUUUAGAGUACAUCGUGCCUCUUAUCUUGCGGAGGCUGAUGGGAUUGUUUUUGUAUUUUCCACCACGGACAGGAAUUCUCUUCAGUGUUUGAUAAACUAUGCGGAGGAAGUUCUACAUGUACGGAAGCAGUCUGGGCUGCGAAAAAGUAUACCCAUUCUUUUAAUAGGCACAUGCACCGAUAAUGUACAACAACGUCAUGUAACCCUCUCAGAGGCGGAACGGGUAGCUUCUAAUUGUCUUUCGUUACUUAACGUACGUCAAGAACGACAGAGUAAGCGAAAAUAUAAUAUAAAGAAGUUUCACAAUGAAUUACCGGUCGGCAUUUCCACAACUCAUCCAGUAGUAGAGAUUACAAAUCUAAGUCCAUUUGAGGUUACUCGUGCAAUACAAGCAAUGAUUCGCAUGGUACAAUACUUUCGCGCCCACUCACGUUUACCUACAUCAGAUGUACUAUACCCACAUAUGGAAGCGGCUAAUUUGUCGUUUCCACCCCCUAAUAUUCUGCCAUAUCUACAAAGUAGUAGUGAUGAUGAUAUUGACAGGGAAAGUUUAGUGACUACAGGGUUUGAUGAUGUCUCUUAUAUCCAGAAUAAAAGUUUAAUGUCAAAAAUGGAAAAAGAAAUGGAUGGAGGCGUAUUGUCUGAAAGUAGUUAUUGUACGAUUCAUGAUCGUGAGUCUAUUGGUAGGAAAGAGAUUGUAGACCAAUGUGGUAGUACACCUUUGGUAAUCAUGAAUGGAUCACACAAGACACCAUCGGAAAAAGAAUCAUAUAGUGAAAGGGAGAACGCAUGGGAGGAUAGAGAAGCAAGAUGUCAACCGGUGGACGAAAUAGAAAAUGAAAACCAAAGACAACAAUAUCAGAUAAGAAGGUCGAACUAUGAUGGUUCAACACGUUAUCAGUCAGCAUGGGUUGCUGCAGAGAUGUGUGAAGACCCACCAGAUGCGAGAGAGCGAAGGACUUCAUAUGAUCUUGGUUCUCAGUCCACUGAACGUACCGUGAAAGUCGGAGUUAAACAUCAACGCUGCCCUAAUUGUAGGGUCAUGUAG